AGAUUUCCUCCUUCCUCACCCCUGAAGCCAUAUCCAAAGAAGACCCCGUACCAAAAGGAUGUUAUUAAAUUUCCAGAAUGGAAUGAUCCCCCACCAGGCAUCUCACAAGAGAACAUCCCAGUGAGGCCAGUUGUAAUGAAUUCUGAGAUGUGGUACAAGCGUCACAGUAUUGCUAUUGGAGAGGUGCCGGCUUGCCGUCUUGUUCACCGCAGACAGCUGACAGAAGCCAAUGUAGAAGAGAUAUGGAAGUCUAUGACAUUAUCAUAUUUACAGAAAAUCCUUGGCCUGGAUUCCUUAGAGGAAGUUUUAGACACCAAACUUGUCAACUCCAAGUUCAUCAUCCAUAAUGUAUAUAGUGUCAGCAAGCAGGGAGUUGUUAUCCUUGAUGACAAAUCAAAAGAACUUCCCCAUUGGGUGCUGUCAGCUAUGAAGUGUUUGGCAAAUUGGCCCAACUGUUCCGAUUUGAAGCAGCCUAUGUACUUGGGAUUUGAAAAAGACGUCUUUAAAACUAUAGCAGAUUACUAUGGUCACUUGAAAGAGCCUCUGCUUACAUUUCAUCUUUUUGAUGCUUUUGUCAGUGUAUUAGGUAAGUUGGAAUAUAAUGAACAUAGUCUGCAUUAUUCAUGUAGAAUCAUUCCGUUUUUCACUGUCUUCAGACUUCCAUUAACAAAAGCUCACAGCAUUUUAAAAUUUAUGCUGAUAGGGUGCUGGGCAUACCUGCAGUCCUGCUCUAUGAAGGAGUAA